CAAAUAUCUCACAAUGCCGAGCGAUUUAGAACAGGUAACUACACUCCGUCAGAUGCUUAACCUGCAAAGCUUACAAUGCAAAUAGUUGGUCGAUUUCAUAUCGCAUGGCAACACGCAGGUCCGCAAGCUUGGUGAGUCCCCAAAUUACCCCACCAAGAGAAAGAUACUCAUUUGCGCCUCAGCCGUGGAAAACCUCGUCCCUUUCUCCCUUUCUCAACCUGCAGUCUUCAAAACGAAUCAGCUUCUGCCGGUCAAGGAUCUUAAGUUACUAGUGCGAGAUUAUAAAGUGCGACAACCUGGGUAGCAUUUGGAGACAAGGACUGAUGUUGCCUGUAGCAAAUCGCGAAAGAUGCGAUCACGAUGCUUAUAAACCUCUCGACGGACCGGGAGGUCUUAGAGUUCCUCACCGCAGAUAAGGAGUUCAUGUCAACAUUACUAUCCCGUGUGACAGUAUGUCAGUCCUCCAGCUCCCCAUUUCGAGGGCGCUUGCUAACCUUCCAACUCUGCUAGAACCCUACGGAACCAAACGCGAAUCUCAUUGCGAUGCUUCUAGCAAAUCUGGCAAAAUGGGAUGAUCUGAAGUCCAUCCUUACGCAGGAACUACCAUCCCCGGAAGAACUGAAAUCGAGUAAUAAAGCUAUCGACCAGCUAUUAGAUCUGUUUGUCAAAGGCGCUGAUGGGACAUAUAAUAAAGAUGCCGAUUACGACUACCUCGCAUACUUCUUCGCAGAUUUAGCAAAGCAUAAGGAGGGGCGAAAAUACUUUCUUACGCCACAAGAUUACGACAAAGUUGUACCUCUGACGAAAAUUACCGUUUUUACAGAACACAAAUCGGAUAUAAGGAGGAAAGGGGUGGCCAGUACGAUUAAAAAUGUGGCCUUUGAAAUCGAUGCACAUCCGUCGUUUCUCUCAGAAGAUGAGAUCAAUAUUUUGCCUUACUUACUCCUGCCAAUUACCGGAAAUGAAGAAUUCGACGAGGAAGAUACUAUGGCUAUGCUCCCAGAUUUACAACUUCUUCCUCCGGACAAAAUGCGCGAUUCCGAUCCUGAUAUUAUUCAAACACAUAUUGAGACUUUGAUGCUUCUAACAACGACGAGGGAGGGUCGAGAUACAAUGCGGAGUAUAAAGGUAUAUCCCAUUCUUAGGGAAACGCAUUGGAGGGUAGAUCAUGAUGGAAUGAGGGAGGCAUGCGAGAGACUUGUUCAAGUCUUGAUGAGAGAUGAGGAGGGAGAGGUGGUUGAUGAGGGAAUGAAGGCUCUCACGAGGACAACGAGUGGUGUUCCAAAACCAUUUGGGUCUUCGAAGCCAUUUGGGUCCUCGAAACCUUUUGGAUCGAGUUCUGGUGGUGGUUGGGCAAGUCAGGAUGCUGCCGAGGAUGAAGAUGAUGACGACGAUGAUGCUGUGGUAGAAGUAUAAUGAAGGCCAUGCAGACCAAUAUCAAUUUUACCUUGCGUUCAGGGAUGACAUAGCAAAUCUUGAAGGGCGGAGACGUCAACUUGGGAAACAGUUUAUUGUUAUGAGCAGAUUACCCCCACUUGAUCUGAGUGCUAAUUUGUGAGCUAGCUCAAUGGAUCGAAUUUUCACGACUUUGAUACAGACUUUUGAUGUAUCAUCAAUCCGGUUUCUAGACUCUUUACUAUUCCAUAAUCAGAGGAUUAUGUGCCUUCAUAUUCAUCAGGUCGGUCUCCCGGUGGACAAGAAAACUGGCAGAGACCUCUUUUAUC